AACAUGAAACUAUGACUAAGUAAAUGAGACCUAUGCCAGCCUAUGGGAGGAGAGUAGGGACAUCAAAAGAGGGCAGAAGAAGAGCCAAAGGAUGGUAGUUUUUCUUCUUGCGUUAGAGGAGGCUGUCCCUAAAUUGUUGAGCACAUAAGAGGCUCCCUGUGUGCGACCCUCUCAGCAUUCAAGACCAGAGUGUGAGGGGAUCCAACUAUUGUAAGUUCCUCUGCGUAUUGUCUACAGAGAGGGAGAGAGGAGAAGAGAAAAGAGAGCAGUGGCAGCAGCAGCAACAGUAGCAGCAGCCUUCCCUUCCCUUCACUGCAGCUUGAAUUCAUAGGUUUACUUUAAACUUAUGAAAACAUUUCUAUCCACAGCUGCCUUUCGGCUCAGCAGAGCUCAUCUUACCACUUCGACCCCACCGUCUUAUCUAUCACCCUGCCCUCUUGCUGACUGCCCACCCGACUUGCUUCCAGGGGAACUUAACAGGAUCACAAGAGGUUGCCGAGCUUUCAUCAAGUGGCGGAGCGGUCAGAGGUAGCCAGAGUCAUCAUGGCCGUGUCCCAGGAGCGGAGUGUGUGUCUGGGGCUUUGGGUGCUCAUUUUGCUUGGUGCAGGCUUGGAGGAAGUUGUGGAGGGAUGCAGCUGCCACCCAGCACACCCACAACAGCUCUUUUGCAGUGCUGAGAUUGUGAUAAGAGCCAAGAUAUCUGGAGAGAAGAUUGUGUCACCUAGCAACAGCUCCUCACCUUACAUGAAGAUGAUCCAAUAUGAAAUAAAAAUGAUCAAGAUGUUCAAAGGCUUUGACAAGGCUAAGGAUAUCCAGUAUGUGUACACUCCAGUUUUCUCAUCGCUGUGUGGAGUCAAGCUGGACUCCAACAAUAAGGCAGGGUAUCUGCUCUCAGGAAGCAUGUGGAGUGAUGGGAGGAUUUCUAUUGGCCAGUGUGAUCUGGUAGAGUCUUGGGACAACUUAUCAGUGUCGCAAAAGAAGAAUCUCAACUAUAGAUACCAGAUGGGCUGUGAAUGCAGAGUGAAUCAACACCUGUUACACAGUGCCGUGUGCAUCUACAGGAGAAAACGAGUGCUUGUGGACUGACUGGCUGCUGGAUAACAGCCUAAACGGAGAGCAGGCUCGGCAGUACGCUUGCAUCCGCCGCUCUGACACAAGCUGUAGCUGGUACCGGGGUGGGCCUCCGUCUGAGAAAGACUUCUUUGACAUGACUGACCCUUGACCUGUAAUUCUGAGAUUCAUUUUACUCCAUAUGUUUCCCAAUAUGCCUCAUGAAAAAAACAAAAAACAAAAAAACAAAACCCUGCUUUGGCUUAUGUAGAUCCGAUUUGGGGUUAAAAACAGCAACUGAUUUCAUUAAAAAAAUUUGGGUGAAUUUUAGAUUUGAGGGAGCAUAAUGUAACCGUGAGCUUUGAGUGGUUGUUACAGUAAAUCUUGGAAAAUCUGUCCAAACUGCAGCACUCCAGUGAAUCAUCUUCUUGCUCUCACGCCAGAUUAGACUCAUCAUUUGAUCUAGACCGUUCUUUUACCUGAAGGCAAAUGAAUAAAAAUAUACAAGGCCUUACAUUUGUUUAUGCAUGAAGUAUGAAGGAUAAAGGUGUUCAUUUGCUGCAAAAAUAAGACAAAGUUAUAUCAGGAAACAAAAAUGGUAAAAAAAAAUAAUAGAAUGAAGCUGUCACAACCUUUUCUGCACCAAUUCCAGACCCACUGCAGCAGCUUUCCUUUCCCCCCUUUUUCCUUCACACCUCCUGGGAGUGAAUAUCUUUAAAUAGUAUCUGCUAACUGUCAAUACAAAUAAAAGUACACACUAUAUACAAAUCUGUGUGAAAGGUUUAGGCACUAAAAAACUGAAAGUCUCUUUCAAAAGUCCAUAAAUAAUAAUAAUAACCAUAAAAAUUAUUUUUAUUUUUACAUUUUUAUGAAUUGAUCGAUAUCUGAUGUGGGCAAUGUGGUUGCAUGUAAAUCCAAGGAAAAGGUAUCUGUAUGUAAGGGUACUUUUCAGUGGUAACCUCAGUACAGUUCUAAGCGUUUCUGAGUAUUUUUCCAAUGUUCUGCUGGAUUUAGCCUGUCUCCAUUGCUUUUGUCAACUAAUGUAAACCCAUUCAGACUCCAUGAUUCAGACUCCAAGGCUCUGUGGGGACCAUACCAUCUGUUGCAGGACUCUUUGUUCUUCUAAUGAUUGUUCUUUGAGAUGCUUCUUUAUUUCGUUUCAUGCUGCAUACUGAAUUUGGGCCCCAUAAAAAUUGUAUUGUGUAAUGCAUAAUAACUUAAAGUGCCUAAAACCUUUUCACAGUACGGUAUACAGGCAGAAAAGCACCACCGACAUUCUCGAAUUAAUGAUAUUUCUACUAAAUCUGAUGCAGGAAUUAUAUAUACACCACGAGUCUCGUUCACCUUAAUCACAGUUUUUUCCCCUCAAAUUUAUGAGACUGUAAAUAUUGUAUUUUGUGACAAUUAACAUUUUAAAUGCUAACAAUAUUUGUUCUUAUAGCAUAUAGAUUCUUCUCUUGUGUUUUUGUGUGUUUAGUUUCAUUGGUUGUACUAUUUCCUGUGCCAAAAAAUCUAAUCCAGCGCUUUAACAACUGCACUGCCAUCUGUAGAAGCCAAGCCUGCCCCCCUCUCCAUGGAGGAAAUGAUUUAACAAGACAAGGCUCAAUUCACUUAAAAAAAUUGACAAAACCAGCAAAAAAGAGAAAUAGCUGACAACCUUGAAUGAACAAUAAUUAACAGUUAAAAUUACUCAAUAUAAUAACUCAGUAAAAAAUGUGAGUUGACCCCUGUCUUGUUCAUGGAUAACUUUACUAAAGUCAUACAGAUUAAAAUGCAUUGUGAACAUCAACAUCAAGAAUGUCUCGACAUCAUAUUAUGGUCACAUUUAACAAUAACUACUUACAUUUAACCUGCACUACGCAGUCAUUUGUACAUUGGAUUCUGUCAUAGUAAAAUGAUAGUAAUGCAUCCUAACUGUAUGGCUUUAGUGAAGCAUUAAACAGUUUCAUGUCUGUUUUAUACUGUAAGACCUGUUCGGGUUUGUAUUUAUGUGUUUCUCUCCGAAUAGAGUCUUUUUUAUUUCCAUGUACCAAAAAAGAUUGUAUAUAAAAUGUCUCAGAUGA